AUGAGAAAGAAUUUUCCAACGUUACUUAAUAUAUUGUUUUUGGGCGGAAUAUUAAUAGUGAAUAGAGUAUUUUGUACAGAAGAUAAUAAUGAGCAGAUAAGACAAGCAUUGGAAGCUAGAAGUGAAGAUAUUACGGAGCUGAGUGAUUUUUGGAAUUGUAUUUCUACACAAGUAAUUAGAGAUAAGUUUUCGUGGAAUAGAAUCCACAGGAUAGGAAGAUAUGACUCAAUGCCUAUAAUUUUCCCAUCAAUAAUGAGAGAACAAUUACAAACUAUUGAUAUUUUGGAUCCAAGAAAGUUUUACUUAGGGUGUAUUGGAAUACUAAAGUUAUUGGAAUCAAAAAGAGUUAUUAUGUCAGGUUACGAUGAUGAACUUGAGAAAAACUAUUCAAGAAAGACAUUUUGCAUUUCAGCUGCUGAGUAUUGCUUUCCAGUAAAGGGAAAACUUAAGGCAGUGAAAGACUACUUUACUAAAGUGACAGAGAAUGCAAGAGAAGCUAUUUUAGAGUCAAAGAAAAAGCAAAUCAAAGGAAAAGAAAAGGAAGAGAUCGAAAAACUUACAGAUAGAACAGACUUAAAACUAUUACAAGAAAAUCCAGACUAUGGUAAACCGCAACAUCACCCCUUAAUUGAGGAGAGAAUUAGAUCAAAGCGCAUUCAAAAAAAUAAAAUAAAGUUUCCAGAGCUUGGAAAAGAUUUUGAGUUGCAAUUAGAAUUUUUAGAAACUGCUUUAGAGGAGGUUCCAUUAAAGGUUCAUAAAAUUAAGGGAGGAGAUGAAAUAAUAAGAACUGGAAUUGAUUAUGACCGACUAUCCAGGGUUUCACUUUAUAAUUUACCUCCAGACUCUGUGCCUGUUUCUAAAGGAGCUUGGAAUUUCUGGAAAUCUAUAUUACAACAGGAAAGUCGGGACAACUCUCUCAAUAAUAAAAGGCUUUCAAUACUAAGUCAGAACUUUCCAGUUGAGUUAAAAGAUUUUACUUAUAAUCCAAAAAAGUUAUUGAUAUUAUGUAAUCAAGCAUUGUUUUCACUAUUAAAACAGGAUUUGAUAGAUAUAUCGAAUUCUGCUUUAACUAAAUCAAAGGAAUCACCUAUAGCUCAAGACGCAGAAGCCAGAAAUGAAGAGAAACUCCAAGAGUUUGUCAAAUUCAAAAGCCUGAAUGUUGACUUACCUGAGGAUCCUGAAAAAGACGACAUGAAUUAUAUUCAUCAUCAAUUUGUUAUUUUUCAGUUCUGCACAGAUUCUGUAGAUAUUUUUAUAGGUAAUAGACAGUGGAGCAAAAUUAUUGAGAGACAAAACUAUAGAAUUUAUGGAUUACCAUCAGGAAGACCCUUUAUGCCUUUCAAGUUUACUUUUGGAAGAGAUGUAUAUGAAAUGAGAAAUAAUUGUGCUGGAUGUAUUUGGGAUUUGUAUGUGAAUAAGGUAUCUAAAGAUCUCCAUAUUGAUGGAAAUACAAAAUCUGGUAAAUUUGAUGUUUCAUUAAUAAAGAAAAAUAUUGAAUCUUUUUGCCAUUUUGCUUCAGUUGCCUUUUUCCAAGGAGAAUUAUCUUUGGAUGACCAACAAUUCAAUGAUUCCACUGAUGAUAAUGAAAAGAAAGGUGCUAGCUCUGCUCAUAUUUACAAUCCAAGACAUUAUGACUUUGAGAAAAAAAAACAGAAAGAAGAGGAAAAAGAGAAUUAUGAGCAAAUUCGUCCUGAUAAACAUCAAUUCUUGGCAGAGCCAUUAGAUGAUGAAGUUUACCAAGUUUCAACUAAGACUUCUCCAACAGGAUAUCAUGAUUUUAAAAGCAAUGAAAGCUUAAAUAAGCCAUUAAUGGAACAACAAAAGAAUUCCAAACUUUUGUUUGGAAGUACUAGAAGUGUCGAUGAAAUCUUAAAUCAAGGAGUUUCUGUUGGACUAACUGUUGGAGAGACUGACCAAAAAACUCUCAAAUAUGAAUCAAUAUAUAAAAUUAGUCCAAAAGAAUCUUUGGUAGCCUUUCAGCAAUGGAAAGCAAUUACGUUCCAAAUGGUAACAGAUUCUAGAAAUAAUAGAAUACCAUCAAUUUCUGAACUUCCAUUGGAGCAGCCAAGAGAAUGGAAUACACCUCAAUACUCCAGUGAGAAGUUUUUAUUUGUUUGUGUUGAAUUAAUUAGCUCAUUUUUGUCUCAAUCUAAAGCCAAGAUCAACUUACCACAUGGAGCAGAGUUAGAUAAUUAUCAAGAUAAAACGAGAGAAACUGUAAAGAUUUUCUGUAGAGAAGCAACUAAUAGGUAUUUCCAAGAAUAUCAAGAAUUAUUUGACGUAAUGUCAGCCUCCAGUAAAGAAGAACCUUUGAUGGAUGAAAAUAAAAUCUCCUCAAAAUGGUCAAUAAUUCAAGAGCAAGUUAUUAUUGAUUACAUUUCAGGUCUUGAAAAUAGGUUAACAGAAAUAUCUCCAUUACUACCAAAUGAUUUCUAUCCUGUUACAGAAAAGUUGGAUUUUGAGUAUCAAUGUAUUGGUACAAUUUACUAUGGUUAUACUUCUGUUCCUCCAAGAGUAUUAAUUUCAAUUAAAUCAAAUGAAGAACCAGGAAAGAGUGAGGAGGAAAUUAAAAAUGAGUUAAAUGACUUAAUUAAAAGUUUUUGUAAAAGAGCCUCAAGUAGAUAUUAUACAGCAGUAGAGUAUAUCUCAAUGUAUAAUGAAUCUAAGAAUUGGUUAGAUCCAAAAGCAAAAAGCCCAUAUUCAAUUUCUUCUCACCUUUUGGAUAGCACAAAUUCCAAUAAACCUGGUUCCAUUCAAGGUAUUCCCUGGCCUCCAAUUAAAUCCCCUUCAUCAUUGGUUUUUAAUGGCAGAGCUAGGCCAGAUCUUUAUAGAGAUGACUGUUUUUCACACUUAUGGAAAGUAUGGGAAAGUGGGAUAUCUCGACAAUUUUAUAUAGACGGGACAAACUUUGACAAAUGUAAAAGUUUAGAUAUGGCAAAAGUUAUAUUAGAAGAUUUUUGUACUGCAUCUUCUAUUAAGCUUUAUAAGCUAAAACCAGAAAUCCUUCCUUCAAGAAAUGUUUUAAGUAUGGAACGUAAAGCAUUAUUGGGAAUUCAACAAAUGCGUAAGAAGGUAAGGAAGAUUGAGAAUGAAGUAAUUGGAGAUGAUUCACAAAAGAAUGAGAGAGGGGUGGUUAAAAAUAAAGUAUUCAGUCCUAAAGAAUCCAAAAUAAAUCUAUCGGAUAUGGAUGAAUAUAGCGAUAGUGAUUCAACAAACAUUACUGAGAAUAAAACCGAUGAUGAAAGUGAUGAAGAGGAUGAGGAAUUUAAGACUUUUGAAAAAAAAGAAGCCAAAAUUCAAUGGGACCAGCUUAAGCAACAGAUGAAAAGAGAUAUUAAUAUGAAUUAUAUUCGUUUUGUAAAGCUUCCAGAAUAUGAUCAAACUUUAUAUACUCUAUGGCCUCAUCCAGUAACAGAAGUAAUGUUUACAAAACAUUGUAUUAAGGUAUUGGAUGAGCUAUUAAAGUUAAGAUUAGCUAUAAUUUCGAGUUACAAUUUGAAUGAUAGAGACUACACUAUAGAGAGAUUUUGUGAGGAAUCCAAAUUUUAUGUAUUUUCUGGUCUCAAAGAAAAGACUGACGAAGAAUUAAAAGAAGAUGAGCUUGGAUAUGAAGGAGAUUCAGAGGGGGUAGAGAAAAGAAUACAGCAAGAGCUUCUAGAUACAUUAAGGGAAUUGUCUGAUGAGGGAUACCCAUUAUACAAAUGGCUGGAAAAUGUAAUGAACCUCAAAAGUGGAAGUGAUAGAGAAACUCUAUCUAAAGCAAUAAAAUGGGGUCAAAGGAAAGGAGAUUGGCAUUUCUUGGAGUUAUUAUUAAGAGAGAUAGAUAAGGAAACUUUUAUGAACAUACAAAGACACUUACAAGGAAUUUCUCCACAAGGGUUUUUAAUGACUUCGGGGCUUUUUGAUAAAGACACAACAGUAAGUAUAGAAGCAACUUGGGGAGCUAUUUAUUUGCAGUCUCUUAAAGAUAUUAAAUCGGGGAAUCCAAGAGUAAUAGGUUUAAUAGGAAGUCCUCCUCCAAGAGAUAUUUGGUCGGGAGCAAAUAAUGAACAAGAAUUUGUUUUGUUAUGCACAGAAGCUUUAAAGAAGUUAAAAAUGAAUCCUCCUUUUAUAUCUUUUAAUUCUCAAGGACAAGGUGAGAGAGCAUAUAUACAAAAUUUCUGUGAAGAUGCUUUAGAUACUUUGAUUUCAUUACAAAGAGAACCAGAGAAAGUAUUAUCUAUGGAUUUCUCCUAUUCAGGAUGUGUAAAUGAAGCAAUGAGAAAGUGGCAGUGGAAUCAGAUAUAUACUCAAAUGGAUAUUGAUUUAAAGGAGAUGGGGGAGUAUAGAAUAACUGGUAUUCCCCCACAAAUUAGUCAUAAGAUUUUUAAAGGAGGUAAAACAGUGGAUGAAGUUGAGGAUCAGUGCGGAGAUGCUUUGGAAGAAUUGGACAAGAGGAAUAAGAUUAAGAUACUUAAUAAAAAUGCUUCACAAUUUUGCAAAGAUGCAGCCGAGAAUAUUUGUAAGGAAGAUGAUAGUGGUAAGUCAAACUGUAAUAUUGAGAGGGUAAAAUUGGAAGAAAUAAUAUCUCAGCAUCAUAUGGAAACCCCAAUAGGAAAUCCACUGAAAUUGGAUUCUAGAACAAGAUGCAUGAGAAUUUGGGCUUUGCUUAGGAAUUCUGCGCCAGGUGCAGUUAAGAAUAAUAUAUUUUCAUCAGAUUCAUUAACAGGAGGAGAAAAGUUUGAUAUUACAAGAGGAGCAAACAGAUUAAUGGAUAUGAACAUGGAUAUGGACCUAGAUCUAGGUUUUGGAAGCGAGAUGGUAUUGCCAGAUAUGAACAAUUUUAUAGGAGAUAAUAAUAUAAGAGCAGAUAUUUUGAGAUCACCAUUAGAUAGUGGUAUUAGAUUUAUUGUACUUAAAGAAAUUAUGGAUGUAUGUAGUCCAAUAGAUACUCCAAGCCAUAUAAUAGGAGUAUUCAUACAAGCAAUGAGAAAGAUUCAAAGGAUUAACUCAUUAAAAUCAUCAGAAGAAAAUUUAUAUAAUUGGGUCAAAGAGUUAGUAAUAAGGUAUUUAGCAGAUGAGAGGACUGACAAUGAGUACUUGGAUUUAACUGGAGUAAAUGUAUUUGGAGAUCCAUACUCAAAAGAUGAUAAUACAUUAGAUUUACUGAAUAAGGGAUUGCAUUCAAAAGGUAUUCCAAAGAAAGUUAGAGAACUAACAGAUAAUGAAAAGGCAGUAAUUAGAGAGAAAGAAAAUAUGAGGAUUAAUUCAAUAGUAAAUGGAAUAGUCAAUCAGGUACUUCCUUCAAUUGCUCACUUAACGACAAAAGAAAAAAAGAGAGAAAUAACAGAUCAAGGAUUAUUGAGACUACAAAAAGAUACAGAACAAAAAGACUUGCUAUUAAAUAAACAAAUAGGUGAUACAAAUAUAUUGGAUGAGAUUAGAGCUAGGAAAGAAUUACCAAUAGAAGAAAGAAAUAGUAUGACGUUAGGCAAAGUUCCAUUACCUAUAUUAGCUAGAAGAUUUGAUAAAAGUGGAGACGAUUUAAUGUUAAGUAAUAAAAGCUCUGAGAAGAUAGUUGCAAGGAUAGAUACAAGAUGGGAGAAAACAGGAAAUAAUAUAUUAAAAUUUGAAAAAAUAAAAGAUCAAGAUAAGGCCUCAAAAAUAUUAGAUAAAACUAUGGAAAGAAACUACAGAAAGUUAGAUUCAGAAUGGAUUAAUAUCAAAUCUUUUAAGAGCUAUGUAUUGUUAAAUCUCCCAAAGGACAGGCCUUCUGAAUAUGGAGAUAAAGGAUUUAGGGAUUUAUUUAAUAAAGAAGCAAUGAUAAGAAGAUGUGUGAAUUUUUUCUCCGAUGAAAAAAAUAUUGAAAAUUAUAAGAUUUCAAUUAAGGGUAACUAUAUUGAAAGAUUAUCUCAUAUUAGAACACAUUGCUCAAGAUCUGCAUCCAGAAUGUACGAUUUAACAAGUAGAUCGACUUUAAAUGGAAGUAAGCCAAGAGUUAGAAACAAACAAAGUAAAGGAAAAGCAGUGCACAGAGCAGGAAGACUAAUUCAUGUACAGGGAGAAAAUGAGCCUCUUCAUCAAGUUAUUUCAAAACAGAGAAUUAUUUCUGGCAACAUAGUUGAAGAUUCUGAAAUGUCACCAGAAGAACUGGAAAAGAGUGAACCAUUCUCCAAUACAUCUCAAAAUAGUCACAACAAUAUUGAAAUUCAAUAUGUUGGCUCUAACGACGGUUAUAAAGCAAUUUCAUCUGAAUAUGUGUCCAAGAGAAAUAAUAAUAAAGGUAAGAAUAGCAAUCAAAAAAGGAGAUAA